UCUUAUAGUUCCUAUUUUUAAGCAAUUUGAUUUAUCGAAAAGAGUUUGGGACAGUAGUGUCUGCCAUAUUUUUUCACUUUUCUGGUAUGGAUUAGCUUAUUAUGAAAUAAACGUACUAAAAAGAACCGAUACAUGGAUUCAUGCUUAAAAUUUAUUAGAUUCACCUGUCUCAACAAGAUAUAUCUAUUCUUUCUAUUACCUAGCCACUACUAUGAUUACAGUAGGUUAUGGAGAUGUAACACCAAAAAAUCAAAUAGAAUGCAUUUUUUCAGUUAUUACUAUGUUCUUUACAGGAUGUGUAUAUGCCUAUAGUUUAAAUUCAAUAGGAAAUAUAAUAUAAAACAUUGAAAAAAGUAACAUUAGUUAUAGAGAAGAUAUGUAAGUCAUACAUAGACUUAUGAGAGAAGAAAACGUUGAUAAUGAUUUAAGAAUAAGAAUAUCUGACUAUAUAGAAUAUAUACAUAAAGAAUCUAAUGAAGUUUUAAAAAAAUUAAAAAAUGAAGUAAUCGAUAAAUUAUCUAAACAUUUAAAAAGUGAUUUAGUAUAGGAAAUAUAAGCUUAAAUAAUGGAAGAGUGUUUAUUUUCGCCUGGAGAAGUAAUUUUCCAUUAAUCUGAUUAUGAUGAUAAUUGUUUAUAUAUUUUAGUAAAGGGAAACGUUGAAAUUAUUUAAGAAAGUCUUAACUAAAAAUAAUAUGAAACUAUAAUAAAAGUCUUAAAAAAAAAUCAGUAUUUUGGAGAAAUAGGAUUUAUUACAGGAAAUAAAAGGUGCGCAACUGCUAAAGCUAUAGAUUUUUGCAGAGCUUAUAGAAUUCGAAGAACCGAUUUUUUAGAAAUAAUAAGAAAUAAUUCUUAUGACUACGAAAAUUUCUAAAUGGUAAUAGAAGCUUUUGAUUGUGGUUUACAUAUGGGAAAACAAGGAUAUGAAUAAUUACCAUUAUUCGAUAAAGUAAAGACUGAUAAAAUAGACAUAAUAUUUAUAACCCAUUUCCAUUUAGAUCAUUGCGCUGCACUUCCAUAUAUAACAUCCAAGACAAAUUUUAAAGGAAAAGUAUAUGCUACAUCUCCUACAAGAGCUAUAUACAAACACGUUUUGAAAGAUUCAACAAGAGACAAGAGUGAUAACAUAACAUUAUAUAAAGUUGAUGAUAUAGAGCGUUCAUUAAAAUUUAUCGAAGUAAUUGAUUUUCAUUAAGAAAUGGAACAUGAUAAUAUCAAAUUUAAAUGUUACCCAGCAGGUCAUGUUUUAGGAGCAGCAAUGUUUUUAGUAGAAAUAGAAGGAGUAAGAGUACUCUAUACAGGUGAUUAUAGUACUGAAAAAGAUAUAUUAAUUCAACCUGCUGAAAUUCCUCAUGAAAAGUAGAUGUAUUAAUAGUUGAAAGUACACACGGAUGUAGUAAUCAUGAACCAAGAAGUUAAAGAGAAAGUAGUAAAAAAUGGAGGAAAAUGCCUACUUCCAGUUUUAGCUUUAGGCCGUGCUUAAGAAAUAGUUUUAAUCCUCGAAUAAUUUUGGAAAUAGAAUGCGACCGAACUCCAAGAUAUUAAAAUUCACUAUACAGCUGAAUUAUUUUAAAAAGCAAAUAAAAUAUUCCAAUAUUACAAAAAUAUGAUGUCUGAUCCUAUUUUUUGUCCUAGAAACGGAGAAAGAGAAAAAUUCUAUUUCAAUGUAACUUAAUCUUGUAAAAUUGUAGGAGAUUUAGAAAAAGAAAAUAAAUAACUUUUUAGUAAAUAAACUCUUUGCAGAGGAACUAUAGAAUUAGAUGAAAAUUAAAAAGAAUAUGUAAAAGUUUAAACUGAUUUAGGAAUUUGGAUAGAUAAUUAAAAAUAAGAAGCUACAAUAAAGUGGACUUCAUCAGAAAAAAAUGACAUUAUUGCUGAUGUUUUUGGUGAUUUUUUAUCUAAAAUUACUAAUAAAAGUGAAGAUAUUUUUAGUGAAGAAAGAAAGUAAGAAUUAGGUACUAUUGAUUUAGAAGGAAAAGAAAUUAUUGUAAGUUAAUAGAAUAUUCAUAUUAAAAAUAAAUUAUAACCAGUUUUAGAUUUAAUGAUGAAUAUUGAAUAUUGA